AUGGUGGAUGCCAGUGAACGUUUCAAAUUACAAGAAACAAGACAAGAAUUAAACCAAUUAUUGGCCUCGCCACUUUUGGAUGGAAUGCCUUUGUUGGUACUUGGAAAUAAAGCAGACCUGCGCGGAGCGUUUGAUCACGAUGAAUUGUUUAAUGAAUUGAAUCUUGAAGAAGCAGGAAUGCGUAGACCUUUGGGGUUCUAUCUUAUUUCAUGCAAAACUGGACAAAAUAUUGAAAAUUCACUGCAAUGGUUAAUGAAGAAUGCAUGGAAAAAUUAA